AGUAGGAUGUGGUUAUCAUCAUCAUCCUUCCCACAAUCUUCCCCAUUGUUUCUCUGCAAACAACAUUUACAUUCUUCUCUAUCACUAAUCCAACCUCCCAAAUCCCAAAAUGGCGAUCCUAAAGAGGCAACACCUUCUAAAAUACUACCGUUCCAUGUUAAAUCCAUCACAAGCACAUCGAACCCAUUUGUCAAACACUGCGUUAAGCUUCGCAACAGCUCUUCUUAUCGCCAUUCCCAUGGUUCUGUUCUUCUUGUGGGCACUACUCCACUGAGGGAAAUGUACAACUUUCAAGAGUCGGCGCAAGAGAAACCGACUAUGAUAGAUUGUUUACUUCUGCACGACAAAGCUUCCGUUCCAAAAGAGUUGGCCGAGAGCGGUAUUCAUGUUGUUCGUGUCAAUUCAGCAGUGAUGACAAAACUUUCCGGCGUGCAAUCCACGGAAUCCAUUGAUAUAAUUUCUCUAGUGAGGAUUCCUUCAACUUUUCACUCUUUAGACGCUGACCAACGUCAAGAUUUCUCGACAUGGUUUCCAUCUGCAUUUCGAAUUCUGGUUCUUGAUGGGAUCCAGGACCCUGGUAACCUUGGCACCUUAUUAAGAUCAGCUGUGGCAUUUGGAUGGGACGGUGUCUUCCUACUCCCCGGUUGCUGCGAUCCGUUCAACGAGAAAGCACUUCGAGCUAGCCGGGGUGCAGCCCUUCAGCUCCCGAUUGUCUGCGGCCAAUGGUCUCAUUUACAAUCUUUUGUCGAUGGGAUUCAAAUGAAAAUCAUUGCGGGCCAUCCGGGAGGUAACGAUGAACAGAAAUCAGUCUCGUUUCUUUCUCAUGAGUUUGCCAGUUCUUUAACCGACACGAAACUGUGUCUGGUUCUCGGUAGUGAAGGGAGUGGGCUUUCGGAAAAAGCUAAGCGGGUUUCGGAGCUAGUAAGCAUUACGAUGGCCGGGGAAUUCGAGUCUCUAAAUGUUUCUGUUGCUGGGGGAAUUUUUCUGUUCAUGUUACAGCCUCAAACAUACGUAACAGAUUAGUUGAUUUAUAUGUUACACACUAUUUAGGUAUAUAACCUUAUAUGAGAUUUUAGUUAAAUUCGUGACU